AAAACCACGCGGGUCGUAAAAGUUUUCCUACAGCGAGCGAAAAGUGAACCAAAGUAGACCAAGCGGGGCUCGAGCGUGAAAGAAGCCGAGGAACUGCUCUUUUUUCGGGGCCACUUGUUGAGAACAACACCGGAGGAACGAGAGGCUAACGCGGCUAACGAGCUAAGCCCAGAAAAGUUACCACUCGACGGGAAAAGUGACAGAAGGGACCCGCCGACGACCGCAAUGAAGACCCCGGGGGAACCGGGGUUCGCCUUCCCCGAGUGGGCCUACAAGCCCGAGUCCAGCCCGGGAUCGCGGCAGAUCCAGCUGUGGCACUUCAUCCUGGAACUGCUGCGCAAGGAGGAGUACCACGACGUCAUCGCCUGGCAGGGCGACUACGGAGAGUUUGUCAUCAAGGACCCGGACGAGGUGGCUCGACUAUGGGGCGCUCGCAAGUGCAAACCGCAGAUGAACUACGACAAACUCAGCCGUGCCCUCAGGUACUACUACAACAAGAGGAUCCUCCACAAGACCAAAGGCAAGAGGUUCACCUACAAGUUCAACUUCAACAAAUUGGUGCUGGUCAACUACCCCUUCAUCGACAUGGGCUCAGGUCGCGGCGUCCCGCAAAGCGCACCGCCGGUCCCGACCGGAGGCACCCACUUCCGCUUCCCUCCCUCGACCCCAUCGGACGUGCUGUCAUCCAGCGAGGAGCUUCGCAGCCCUGGCGUGUUUAGUGGCGUGGCGCGUCGCAUGGCCCGCGGUUCCGUCAGCGACUGCAGUGACGGCACCUCCACCAACUCCGAGCUGGAGGAGGCGGUGGGGGCGGAGGAACGAGGCGUGGGCCCAGAGAGAGCUUUCAGGGGGCUCCUGCCGCCCCGUCUGCCUCACGAAUCCCUCUUCAGGCUCUACGGCGGCGCUCCCAGACCUCACAGAGUCCACCCGGAGCCGCUGUCUCCUUUCCCGGUGUCCCCCCUGCCGGGUCCUGGAGGGCUACUGGCCCCGACUCUGUCCCCGGCCCUUUCCAUGACCCCCACCCCACACCUGUCUUACACCCCUUCUCCGUCCCUCCCCUCCCCCAUGAUGGGCUCCCACUUCUCCUUCAACCCAGAGGACAUGAAGCAUUACCUUCAGGCCCACACCCAAUCAGUGUACAACUACCACCUCAGCCCCCGCGCCUUCCUCCACUACCCCAACAUCGUCAUCCCGCAGCCCCAUCGCCCCACCCCGGAGAAACCGGUUCCCCAUCAUCUGCACGGACCUCCCAUGACACUCUCCCAUUCACUGGUCGGGCAGCCUGUAGGCGGCGGGGGCGAGGAGGCCUUCAAGUUCAAGCUGCAGCCACCGCCUCUUGGGCGCAAACAGAGGGAGGCGGUAAGCUCGCUGGCGGCAUCAUCGUCCACGUCUUCUUCGGCGGGACAGUCCUCGUUAUUCACGGCAGCGCCCAAGAUCAAGGUGGAGCCCAUAUCUGACAUCGAGUCCGAAGAGGAAGUAGAAGUGACCGACAUCAGCGAGGAAGACGAGCUGAACCCCGAAGACGACGACAUCUUCACACCCGUUUCCCUUUAUAAUUCCAAGGCUAAUGGUAGCCCCUCUGACCCCUUCCCGCAGCCGCCCUCCAACCCAUACGACGACCCUGAAGAUGACGACGGAGAGGUCUUUAAGACUCCUGCUACCCCGCCCGCCGGCACUGGCAACUCGGCGUUCCCGCUACUCAGCCUGAAGACGGAACCGGCGCCGGCGGCUCCCGUCAGCCCGGGCGGCACUCGCUGCAUCCCCCUCAAACUGCGCUUCAAGCGCCGCUGGAGUGAGGACCAGAAAAUGGAGGCGGACGGCGAGCGGGAUGAAGCCGAGGACAAAAAGGUGAGGGCAGAGAGGAGCGGUGAAGGAGACGAGAGGGAGGAACCGGUGGACAACGGCGGAGGGCGGGGCCUGAUUUUAGGUUUGAUGAUGCCUCCGCCGCCCACCCAGCGCAGGGCUAGCUCAGAGCUGCAAAGAGCCACCGCCCAGUUGUCCUUGGAGAACGCAAGCUGCUGA